AUGGAAUUUUUAAUUAAAUUACGAAAAGAAAGUUUUAUAUUAUUGUCAGUGACAUAUGCUAAAAACUGAUUUCAUGUGAAAAUUAUUUUUGGUAAUUUGCCCAUCCCUGUGCCGAGUGUAAUGAGACCCGAGUUUCGCGGAAUGGUUUUCUAUUAAUUGUCCCUUUUUUUCCUCCCAACGACGAAAAGGUCCCUUAGACGAUGUGGAAUCAAGAGAGGGUAAUCCACUGAAGAAAUCUCAUUUUCGCGAGACGUGAAGAGUGGGAGUUUUCGUCUCGAGUGCAAAAAGGGAACUUGGGGAAGCUCCAGUCGACGAAGACCUCCAGAUGCUCGACAUGCGGCUAUUUCUCGUGGUCCUCGUCAUUUUCGCGAGAUCCGUUUUUUCCAAGUUUUAUGAAAAAACAAGAUAUGACAGAUCAAUAGGCAGUAAUAAUGUUUCGCCGGAAGAUAAUUAUUAUUCUAAUUCUUUAAGUUUUACGGAUUACCGUACAAAUUUCAUUGCAUACAAAGAUGAGAUACAAAACACGUGUUAUCUGGAAAGAAUAAAACGAGAUGUUUUUCCUGAUACGAAUUUUUUUAAAAACAUCUACAAAAGUAAACCGAGGACUCUAUACGUGUCAAGUGAAAUUUUAGAUAAAUCAGAAGUGGAAAAAUUCGCAGGUGAGCGAAUAGUGCACUUUUGUCAAGAUGCGAUAAUAAUAUUAUUAGUGGAUAGAAAAUCAAAUUUAAUAAAAGAAGAAAUUGUUGAUAAAAAUUUUGAAUUCAAUGAAAAUUUGAAUAAUUUUCAACCAUUUCAAAAUCGAUUGAAGAGAAAUAUUUUUACAAAGCAACAUUUGGAUCAUAAUAAACGAAAGACUAGACAAACAAAUCCUUUUCGUGGUCGAUUUCGAGGUCAAACUCAAGCACAGUAUAUGAAUACAAAUUCUAAUGGUCCAAAAGAUGGUAAAGCAGAAGCUGAGGCAACUCAACAAUCAUCUCGUGCAGUUGUCAGCGGUAGCAAUGGAAUGGGCCAGGCACAAAGUAUGUCAUCAGGUGGAACUGGAUGUGAAGGAUGUCCUGGAUUUCCAACAGGACCUACAGGACCUUCGGGAGGAUCAACUGUUUAUCCAGGAGGUGUUUAUCCCGGUGUUAUUCAAAAACCAGGGACUACUGGAGUUUUAAUACCGCCGUAUCCACCAGGUUCCACCGGAGAACGAAUUCCAGGUCAAUUACGACCAGGAGAUGGAGUCAGUUAUCCUGGUGGUGUGCCACCAGGAACAGUUCCAGGACAGACUAUUCCUGGAGGAACAGUUAGACAACCGGGAUCAAUACCUGGACAAAUGAUACCUGGAGGAAGGCCAGGAGGCACUACUGGACCAGGUGGAGGAACAUAUCCAGGAGGCAUGAUUCCUGGACAAACGGGAACACCGGGUACUUAUCCAGGUGGACAAACGGGAACUGGAGGAACAGGAGGAGGUACUUAUCCUGGCGGUGCAGUUCCAGGACGAGGUUAUCCGGGACAAAUACCUGGUGGAACGUAUCCUGGAGGACAAACUGGGCCAACAGGACCGACAGGAGGAGUUACUUAUCCAGGAGGUGCCGUACCUGGACAAACUGGAACACCUGGAUCUUAUCCAGGAGGACAAACACCACCUGGAGGUGUUACUUAUCCAGGAGGUGCCGUACCUGGACAAACUGGAACUUAUCCUGGAGGACAGACGAGACCAACAGGCGAAAUACCUGGAGUUAGUUAUCCUGGCGGUGCAAUUCCAGGACGAACUUAUCCAGGACAAGUACCUGGUGGUACGUAUCCUGGAGGAACUACAGGACCAGGAACUGGAGUCACUUAUCCUGGUGGUGUUGUACCUGGACAAACUGGAACGCCUGGAUCUUAUCCUGGAGGACAAACGACACCUGGAGGGCAAACUUACCCUGGAGGACAGACGGGACCAACAGGUGGAGUACCAGGAGGUACUUAUCCCGGUGGAUCAGUUCCAGGACGAACUUAUCCGGGACAAAUACCUGGUGGAACGUAUCCAGGAGGACAAACUGGGCCAACAGGACCAACGGGAGGAGUUACAUAUCCCGGAGGAGCGGUACCUGGACAAACCGGAACACCUGGAUCUUAUCCAGCACAGGCGCGACCUGGAGGAACAUACCCAGGAGGACAUACAGGACCAACAGGUGGAGUGCCAGGAACAGGGGGAGGUACCUAUCCUGGCGGUGUAGUUCCAGGUCAACCAGGAACUUAUCCUGGACAGAAACCUGGAGGACAGCCUGGAACAUACCCAGGUCAAGGCACUUAUCCAACGGGACCAACGAGAGGAGGACCAGGAACUUAUCCAGGUGGAACAAUUCCAGGAACGCAAGGCACUUAUCCAACCCAACCAGGAGUAGGAGGAACUUAUCCUGGAGGAGCAAUACCUGGACAAAUGAUUCCAGGAACAGGAGGAUCGUACCCAGGUGGAGCAAUACCAGGACAAAUGGUUCCAGGAACUGGAGGAACUUUACCUGGACAAACAGUGCCAGGAACUGGAGUGUCGUAUCCAGGUGGAGUACCACCAGGACAAAAUAUUCCAGGAACGGGAGGAGUGUCCUAUCCAGGAGAAGGAAUACCUGGACAAACAAUUCCAGGAACGAGAGGAGGUUCAUAUCCAGGUGGUAGCGUUCCCGGACGACCUGGAACAUAUCCUGGCCAAACUGGUCCCGGGGGAAUGUAUCCUGGGGGACAAACUGGACCGGCUUAUCCUGGUGGAAUGAUACCUGGACAAACAGGAACGUCGGGGACGUAUCCUGGUGCACAGACUAUUCCAGAAACAGGGGGAUCUUAUCCUGGAGGAACAGUACCUGGACAAAUGAUUCCAGGAUCAGGAGGAACAUUACCUGGGCAAACUGUGCCAGGAACUGGAGUGUCGUAUCCCGGUGGGGUUCCACCUGGACAAACAAUUCCAGGAACUGGUGGAUCUUAUCCAGGUGGAGCAAUACCUGGACAAAUGAUUCCAGGAACAGGAGGAUCAUACCCAGGUGGAGGAAUACCGGGACAAAUGAUUCCAGGAACAGGAGGAUCAUAUCCAGGUGGGGUUCCACCUGGACAAACAAUUCCAGGAACUGGUGGAUCUUAUCCUGGCGGAACGAUACCUGGGCAAAUGAUUCCAGGCACUGGUGUAUCAUAUCCUGGUGGUGUGCCACCUGGACAAACAAUUCCAGGCACUGGUGGAUCUUAUCCCGGCGGAGCAAUACCGGGACAAAUGGUUCCAGGAACCGGUGGAACUUAUCCUGGCGGAGCAAUACCUGGUCAAGCAAUUCCAGGAACAGGAGGAUCUUAUCCUGGAGGAGCAAUACCGGGGCAAAUGAUUCCAGGUACCGGAGGAACAAUACCUGGACAAACUGUACCAGGAACUGGAGUAUCGUAUCCCGGUGGGGUUUCACCUGGUCAAACAAUUCCAGGAACUGGUGGAUUGUAUCCUGGCGGAACGAUACCUGGACAAAUGAUUCCAGGAACAGGAGGAUCUUAUCCAGGUGGAGCAAUACCUGGACAAACAAUUCCAGGAACAGGAGGAUCUUAUCCUGGUGGAGGAAUACCGGAACAAUUGAUUCCAGGAACAGGAGGAUCAUACCCAGGUGGGGUUCCACCUGGACAGACAAUUCCAGGAACUGGUGGAUCGUAUCCUGGCGGAACGAUACCUGGGCAAAUGAUUCCAGGCACCGGUGUAUCAUAUCCUGGUGGUGUUCCACCUGGACAAACAAUUCCAGGCACUGGUGGAACUUAUCCCGGCGGAGGACUACCUGGACAAAUGAUACCAGGAACUGCAGGAUCUUAUCCUGGCGGAGCAGUACCUGGCCAAAUGAUUCCAGGAACAGGAGGAUCUUAUCCCGGCGGAGCAUUACCUGGUCAAACAAUUCCAGGAACUGGUGGACAUACUGUGCCAGGUACUGGAGUAUCAUAUCCCGGUGGAAUACCACCUGGACAAACAAUUCCAGGAACAGGAGGAGUGUCAUAUCCCGGAUGUUAUAAUAAUGUUUGUCCUCCUGGUGUAUCUUAUCCAGGAACUUAUCCCUCUCAGCCAGGUGGAACUACUGGACCUGGAAGAGUUCCAGGUGGAAUUCCAGGACAAAUGCCAGGUAUUUAUCCCGGUCAAACUGGUCCUGGAGGACCGACAUAUCCCGGCGGUGCUGUUCCAGGAACUUAUCCCGUUGGUACCAUUCCAGGAGGAGUUCCUGGAACUGGUGUUUCGUAUCCUGGUGGUAUUCCAGGAAUGGGUCAAGUUUAUCCAGGAGGUGGCAUUCCAGGUACAAUUCCUGGUAGUUAUCCAGGUGGCAGUAUCCCUGGCACAUAUCCUGGAAGUGGAACUUACCCACCAGGAACAUAUCCAACGGGAGGUAUUCCUGGCGGAGUCAUACCUGGAGGAACGACUGGAUAUCCAAGAGGAGUUGUUCCAGGAACACCAGGAAGACAGGGCGGACAAGUUUACCAACCAGAAGGUUAUCCAGUUGACGAUGGAUCCGAUUCAAGUGCAAUUAGCUCAGUGAAACAAGGCGAGGGUGGAACGCACGCGAGUGCAUCGGCUCAGGGUAAAUUUGGCACAGGUUCAUCUCAAUCUCAAGUAAGUGGAACAUACACUGGUGGUGGGUCAUUUUCCGCACAAGCUGGCACGCAGGAUGCAAAUAAAAGUGCACAAACACAAGUCAGUGGUGGCAAAGAAGGUGCAAUCAGCAGUGCACAAGGAUCUGGUGGUCUUGGCAAAAGUCAAGUACAAGUUCAAUUAAAUUCGGAAUCAGGUGCAACGUCAACAAAUGCCCAAAGCGGUGGCUGGAAUCACGGGACAAAUUCUCAAGUUCAAGCAAGUUCUAAAGGUGGAAUGGCAGACGCUCAGGCUAAUGGCGAAGGUCAAACUUUCAGUCAGGCACAAAUUGGUUUUCAACCAUACAUGAAAACUGAAGAGAAGCCAGAGAAAAAUACAAAACCAUUCCGAGGUGGUGGUACCGCAUCAGCACAAAGUGGCACUUAUCGAGGACAAUCACAAUCACAAAUUGAAGGCUCUUUUAAAUAUGGAAUCACUUAUACGGGAGCAGCUCAAGCUGGCUCAGGAUCAGGAGCAGCUGCAGCAAGAAAACCAUUCAAUUUUUCCGAUUCAAAUUCAGAUUUCUUUAAAAAAUUCAAACCCUACGUUCCGCCUGCAUUAGGCGAAGAUAAAAUUGACAGCACCACAUCACCUCAUAUUAACGAUUAUGAUCUAGAUGAUCGACAAGGUCUACAAACAAGUUCAAGUUCGAGAAAAACAGUUGUCGCUACUCUAUCAAAAGAAGAAAAGAAAAUGCAAUUUGAAAAUAAACACAAAGCGGAGGAAAAUUAUGAUGAAGACGAUUAUGAGGACUAUGAAGACGAUGAAUUUAAUUAUAAUGGAAGAAGUAAUUCGGAUAUUUCUCAUAAGACCAUUAAAGAAUCAUCAAUGAUUCGUGACAGUGAUAGUUUUCAAGAUGAAGCACUACCCGGUUAUACAAUGUCCCCAAGUUAUCGUAAUUCAAAAUUGGAAAAUAAAAGCAUCACACAGGAAAAUAAAUCAGAAUUCACAAAAACUGAUUAUGAGCAAAAAAAUCAAACUCACAAUCUAGAGAGUUCAAGUCAUCAGCAAUCAUCAAAUAGUAGUGCAAAAACAAAUUAUUACACAGUUUCAAAUAGUAUCGCUGGUAAAAUGGAAGAUGGAAAGGUACCUGUAAAAAAAUACGAGCAUCGAUAUUAUACAAAAAGUUCAACGUGCGGUUAUUUUACAUUCUCAUGUAAUGUUGUUUAUGGCUCAAAUGGAAGAACAAAAAUUUGCAAACCUAAAGUUCCAACACAUCCAGACGGAACUCCAAUUAAAUGUUAACGAAAAUUGAAUUUAUCUUUUUUUGUUCGCUAUUUACAAAAAAAAUCUUUACUAAUCUAAAUUGUAUAAAUUACAAUUAGGCUUUAAGUUUAAUAUAUCACACGUUUAUCGUGCUUAUGUACUUAUAGUGUUUAGAAUAAAAUCUUUUUCUAUAAAAUAUAA